UGAAUUAUGGGCCCCUGCUGUCAGUGUGACUGCUCCGCGUUGGACAUUUCACCUCGACACUGUAAAUUCAAAAAGGAGGGAUUACAUUCUGCUGACUGCUCAUUUCAGGGCUGAAGCCUGAGCCCACCGGCCGGUCCCCUCCUGACAGACACAAGACUUGACACAGUCCGCAACUGCAGGAUUUGGGAUUUCAUUUCAUUCUUCUCUCCUUCUUCUUUAUGCGUGCGAGGUUGUGAGCAAGGCUUCGUCUCCUGGAUCUCACAGAGAAUCUCCCUUUCUUUUUUUUUUUACGCAUCCAUAUUACGGACUCUUUCUCUCCAGCGGAAGAGAGAAGAGGGGAGAGAGGAGAGGAGAGGAGAGGAAGAAAAAAAAACGCGUUUUGUAGUUGGCUGGGCGGUUUUUUUCUUUUUCUUUUUUUCUUUCUUUCUUUUUUCUUUUUUUGGACGCGCUCGGUAAACGGUGAUGCUCCGGCGGCGGCGACGCGCAGGAACCGUAGAGGGGAAGAGACAGGUGAGGUGCGGCUGAGGAGCUGCUGUUGUUCCAGGAGACAGAGACAGAGAGAGAGAGAGAGAGAGAGAGGAAGAGACAGACAGGCAAGAGAGGCUCUGGAUAACCGAGAGCCGUGCGAUCCAUCACCCCCCGUUUUCCACCACAGAGAGGAGGAAGAAGGGCGAGCGGAGGGAGAGAGAGGGGCGAGCUGGCGACUGGCACCUGCGUCCGCCUCCCUAUACCUGGCCAUCUGGUGCGUGCAUGUGUGUUGCUGCCAUGGGGACCGUGGCUCCUCCCCUCGCAUUUCUCCUCCUGCUGCUUCAACUGGCUGAUGGCUCAUUCCCCGAGGAACCCAGUCCUCUCAGCUACGUCCCCGUAGAGGUUGUGCGGAGGUAUCCGGUGUUCCUGGGCAGAGCUCAUCGUUCAGCUCAGAGACAGGAGCUGCACAUCCAGACGGUCCUCCAAGUCAACCGCACGCUCUACAUAGGAGCCAGAGAUGACUUGUACAGAGUGGAGCUGGAUAACAUGGCAGGUGAUGAGAUGUUCUACAGCAAGAAACGGACGUGGGAAUCCAAUAAAAACGACAUCCGAGUGUGCAGGAUGAAGGGCAAACACGAGGGAGAGUGCCGUAAUUUCAUCAAGGUUCUGCUCAGCCAGCACGGUGGUCUGUUUGUAUGUGGAACAAACGCCUUCAACCCGCUCUGUGCCAACUACACCAGAGACACUCUAGAAAUGGUGGGAGAGCCUGUCAGCGGGAUGGCACGCUGCCCGUAUGAUCCCCGCCAUGCCAACGUGGCUUUAUUUGCAGAUGGAAGUCUCUUUACCGGCACCGUGACAGACUUCCUGGCCAUCGACGCCGUGAUCUAUCGCAGCCUCGGCGACAGCCCCGCCCUCCGCACGGUCAAACACGACUCCAAAUGGUUCAGAGAGCCGUACUUUGUGAGCUCCAUGGAGUGGGGGCCUCAUAUUUAUUUCUUCUUCAGAGAGAUGGCCAUGGAGUUUCAUCAUCUAGAGAAGGUGAUGGUGUCCCGCGUGGCCCGUGUGUGCAAAGCGGACCUGGGCGGCUCUCAGCGCGUCCUCGAGAAACAGUGGACCACGUUCCUCAAGGCGAGGCUCAACUGUUCAGUCCCGGGCGACUCACACUUUUACUUCAACCUCUUACACGCCACGAGCGGCAUCAUCCACAUGCAGGGACGGGACGUCAUCCUCGGCCUCUUCUCCACGCCACCCAACAGCAUCCCCGGCUCUGCGGUGUGUGUGUUCGACAUGCAACAGCUCGCUCAUGUCUUCGAGGGUCGGUUUAAAGAGCAGAAAUCCCCCGAGUCCAUUUGGACUCCCGUACCGGACGAGGCAGUGCCUAAACCGAGACCGGGUGGAUGUGCAGUGCAGGGAUCCAGAUUUAGCUCCUCUACCACACUGCCGGACGAGGUGCUGAACUUUGUGAAGACCCACCCGCUGAUGGAUGAGACCGUUCCACUACUGGGCCACAGACCCUGGGUGGUCAAGACUAUGGGACGGUACCAGCUGACAGCCAUGGUGGUGGACACAGAAGCCGGUCCUCAUAAGAACCGCACGGUGUUGUUCCUGGGCUCAACUCGCGGAACCAUCCUCAAGUUUCUAAUGGUUCCCAGUGGAGAUUCUGUCUCCCACAGCAGCGUGUUUCUGGAGGAGGUGGAAGGAUUCAACCCAGAGAAGUGUGGCGAGGACUCUCCUCAGGCCCGUCAGCUCUUGUCUCUGUCGCUGGACCGGACCAGCCACACUCUGCUGCUGGCCUUCCCCUCCUGCCUGGUCCGAGUGCCCACAUCUCGCUGCCACCUUCACUCUCGCUGCAUGAAGAGUUGUCUUGCCUCCAGGGACCCGUACUGUGGCUGGACCAGAGGCAGCACCUGCUCCUUCCUCAGACCAGGCACACGGCUGCCCUUUCAACAAGACGUGGAAUAUGGAAACACCACCUCCCAUCUAGGAGACUGUGACGGAAUCCUGCAGCAGAGUUUGCUGAUUGAGCCGGAGAGUUUGGUCUCCCUCAACCUGCUGGUGGCGUCUGCGGUGUCUGCGUUCACCAUCGGGGCGGCGCUCUCCGGCCUCGCCGUCUGCUGGAUCAUGGCCCACAAGCCGACCAACCGUCGCCAUGCUAACACCGCCCAGUCCGCCAUCCAGCGGCGGGAGAGAGGCUUGCUGAGUAACGGCGGCGGGAUGGGAGGCUCCGUGCUCAGCGUGACGCGGCAGGGAGGAGGGGAGCGCCCCUGCACUCAGAGUGGGGAGACCCUAUUUGUCAUGCCUAACGGCUGGGUGAAGUCCGGAGAGCUCGACCCGGGUUUCCUCCCCACCCCGGAGCACACACCCCAGCAGAAACGCAGAGGCCUCCGACUGUCUGACUCCAACUCCGGAGGGUGGGACACCAGCCAGACGUACCUCGGGGGAGGCUCCGUGGGUCUGGGUUCACCCUGCCGCAUACCCCCCUCAGUCUACCUGACCACCAGACUCUUCCAGCAGGGGGGAGGCGGGAGACACGGCGGUGAGGGCCGGGGGAACGACACGCCACGCCAGCACUAUGUCUGCCUGAGCAAGCAAGAAAAGGGAAUGAAGGGGACGCCCAAGGCCCCUCUCAGGAAGUCUGCAGGAGAGUAUGUUUACCCCAUGACCCCCCAGGACUCUCCUGAGCGCCGGAGGGUGGUCUCAGCCCCCAGCGCCCCCAUGGAGUACGGCGAGCCACUGCCUUUGCGCUGGCCAGCCCCGGAAGGAUACAUCCUCAGCAGCCACGGCAUGGUGCCCGUCCCCCUGCCUCCACCCUCCAUGCCCGCUCCCAGUGGCCAAUCUUACGUGUCCCAGCAACACACCCCCGGGCUGACCAGGGCUCUGCUGAGAGGGGCCCUGGAGCGAGGGGAGCUGGGCGAGCUGGUGGAUCUCAGCCAGCUGAUGAGUAAGAAGAACUGCAGUGACAGGACUCAGACGGGCCAGUGACUCUGGAGGAAAUGAAGGAGACGGGAGCUUUUCCAUGUUUGUUUACACAGGUCUCUCUUUUCUCUUUCCUCCUGAUUCUGCCUACCCCCCCCCCCAUCCCCUCCCCUCCCCUCCCUUCCCUCCUCUUCACCCCUCCAUCUUUGUUUGUCAUUCAGCCGCUCUGAUCUCCUCUGUCAGUCCCUCAGGCAAACUCCCACUUUCACCCCACGACGAGUCUCUCCUUAUGACUGGCUGCUGGCUCUGCCACUCAUAUCCCGGCUCACGCUAAUUGGUCAGAUGGACUGAGGUUGUUGCUGUGUCUGCAUUGCAGAGUUGCCUCUCCCUCCUGCUACUGAGCGGCAGCAGGAAGAGGGAGGAGAGAGGAUGGAGGGGGCAGACAGAGAGAAAGAAAUAAAGAAAGAGAGGAAGAAAGAAAUAAAGAAAGGAAGGAAGACAGAGUGAGCAGAGAGGUUGUGGAUGGAGUCAGAGAUGGACACGGCUCUUAAAGGCUGCCUCCUCUUCACAGAUAAACGGAGGCUGCAGAGACAGUCAAACACUGCUGCAGGAGUGGGAUGCUUCUCCCCUCUUGAAAAACAUUAACAAGACUGCCACCCAUCUGUUCUCCACUAUAUUACCUGUUGGUCUGAUUGCCAACAAGGUACUUGAAGUGAAAUUGCAAAUUUUGAACGGCAUAAAAGUGUGUGUGUCGCUGUAGGUGACUCAUCAGACAAGUCGUUCUGACUGUAAACACAAAUCUUAAGGAUGACGAGGAAACACAAAAUCCCCCCCCCCCAGUCCUCUUUUCCUCUCUCCUCAGUGGAUGCACACAUGUUUCUGUACAGGUGACGGAGGUAUUUAGUAUUCUAUGUGUACGAGAAGCGUGUGCCAAACGCCUCUAACCUGUCUCGUAGGGAUAUGGGACCAUAACUCACGUCUUCAGAGAGCAGGAGUGCAGGACUGAAAUGUCAGCACUAUUUCUGCCAGCCGCACGCUCUCUGGAAUGACGGCAUCCAAAGCCGUCCAUCGCUCUCUCUAUCCGUUUGCCUCCUCGCACUCCAUGUACUCUUUAGUGACCAAUCGCUCCACGUGGGGCGACUGCACCAGAGCACCGGACCGACACUGCAGGACAGAUAGGAAGCAGAGGGGAAUGUUUCGGAGAAUGCACUGCAAUAUAUAACGAACACCUUGUCCUUCACUGUCACCUUAGGGUGUUCCCACACACACACACACACAUGUUCAUUAAUGCUGCAUUAGAGAACACAGUUUGGUUUUAUUGGGCAAAAUUUCCCCUUAAGCCAACAGUGGGUCAAGGUCCCGCAGACGUGAUACAGAACAAAGUGGCAGUUACAGCGGUGAUGAUUUAAAACUCUGGUUUAACUCAUAGCCAGUGGGGCUAAUGGAAAUGUUCCCAGCAGGCAAAUGGGACCAUAUAUUCAGCCCAUCAAAGUGUCCGCUGCCGUGAAGCGGUCGGCGUUUAGAUCAACACAACACGGUUUUGAGUGUGUUAGCGAGGAGGAGGUGGAGGUGAUAAGAUAAAAAAAGAGACGAGAGGAAGAAGACAAGGAAGACUCGGUUGAAAUGAGGUGCAACAACAACGACGACAACAGAAAGUAGUGAGCAGACGACUUGAUCUUCGCUCUCAGUCGCAGUCAGGAGACGACAAUAUGAAUGCUGGUUUUGCUCUGACCUUGUAGUGAGCAGCAAUAUAUGGUUCAUCUGUACAUAGUAAACUUUAAUUUAGAUAAAAAUGAUAAUGUAAAACAAACACACACACACAAAAAAAUGAUGUCAGGCGCUAGCUUGCAAACAAAAACAAAAACACACACUCAUCAUGCCAUUAUAACUAUUAGUGUAUGAAAAAGCCGUUUUCAUAUCGACCUGCUCUGAGCAUCACCAGUGUCUUCUCUUUUUUUUAAAACAUCUGUGUGCCAAAACCAAGUCAUGAAUGAUUUCCUGAUGCCUGAUGAUAACUGAAGCAAAAAAAAAAAAAGAAACAACAACAACAACGGAGAGAAAACUUGUUUCAAAGUGCCAUGACGACCAUUUCAGCCCGCAGUGCGCCUCAGACACACUGCGGCGUGGGACAGCUCACGUAUCGCAGUACACUUGUGACGUGUAUGCCUUCGACACAACUUGCUGAAUGUUUCAUUUUUUUUACUUAGGUGUCGGCUUGUACUGUUGAUUUUUAAUUUCCUUUUUUGGUUUCCAGCUCCCGAAAGUGUUCGAGGGUCUGUUUAUAAACUCCUUUGACGCGUCACGCCAUACUUAUAUACUGUAAAUAUGUAAGAAUGAAUACAGACACUUGGUCACACCCCUUUAUGAUUAUAAUGUAAUGUAUUCACUGAUGCCAUGACAUGAACUGUGUCCUCAUAUGUAAUAAUAAUAAUAAUAAUAAUAAUAAUAAUAAUAAUAAUAAUAAUAAUAAUAAUAAUGAUAAUAACGGUUUAAAGGAAGUUUGUAAGCAAACCUUCAGACGGACUGCGAUGCUCCUGAGGGGAGGUGGACACUGUGGAUCAUGUCUCUGUCCUGAUUCUGGACUCUGGCGUCUUUUUUUUUUUUUUUUUUUAUAGUCUAGUGAUCAUCUGUCCGCCAUCGCCAACCGACUGCCAUACUUGAGGAUCUUGAAGCUACUCGUCAGCCUCCUGAGUGAACGAAUGUACUCAUUCUUCUGUUUGUUUAUACUCAUUCUACUGUGCAGUAAUAAGGAAAAGCACAACGACUUUUCUCUCUCUCUCUCUCUAUCUCUCUCUUCUUUUAUUUUUUUUGCAUUUUUGAAAAGGAGCUGUUCUGUAUCAUUUGUGAAUAGUGUAAAUAGUCAUCCUGAAGGUAUAGUGUAUCAGUUUGGUUUGGGUGAUGGGGGAGGGGAGAGGUAGGGAUGGUGGUGGGGUGGGAUCAUUCAUGCUCUUCUGAGGCAGGACUGUGUUUGAAAUGUGAGGUUUAUUUUCUUUUCUUUUUUUUUUUCUUUUCUCGGUGACGAUGCUGUGAAUAAGAUGUAUGUACAGUAUUUACGUGACUUUGGCUGACUGCUGAGCUCAGCAGAUUCCUGUUAUUAGAGUAGAGUCGCAGGCCCAGAUCUCAGCCAGAACUGAGCCUUCUCAUUUGACUGAUGCCUGCUGAGUUUUUUUUUUUCUUUUCUUUUUUUAGUUUUCUUUUUUUUUUCUUCCCUGCAGUAGCUAAGACACUGCUGUUAUAAUAUCCAUCAAUCUUUGGAGUACUGCUAUUAAAUGGCAUUAUAUAAUUGACUGCUAAUGUUGUCGCGUGUGGUUCUCAAUGCACGCACACAAACACACACAUUUACAACUCCGCGGCUUCGCUGCACUCUGCGUAAUCGUUAUUGCAGUUUAUUUUCCGCAAAUGAGACGUAU